AUGGUGGUUCUGCGUUCAAGUACAAAGGGAAUAAUCGGUUAUUAUGAUCCUUCACUUGAUCGCAGCGUCCGCUCUUCUUCUUCUUCAUCAUCUAACUCCGAAAGACUGCGUUCCACGGAUGUGUCUAAGGAGUCUGACUGGCGUUUUCCAGAAUACCCCGUAAAGGAACAUAAGUACACAGAUAAACAAGCUCGUGAUCUAGCAAGGCCGUAUGUAGCUGAUGCCUUGAGGUUCUAUAACCAAGAAGCAGGUACAAAAUAUAAGCUGGUGGAGCCUGGUUACGUUACAUCUGCGUUUCUUAGGACAUCCAUUCUUCACCAUGUCAACUUCACGGCCAAGAAGAGUGAUGUUGCUGAUGCUCCAGAGGAGAUGUUUUUCGCCGAACUGACAACUACCGGUGGGGGGCUUGAAAAUGUUCAGCAUCCUAAGACUGGAGGAUUCUCGCGUGGCGGUCGUGGAUUAUUCCCUGAUGGCAGCGGUAGUUCUUCUUCGUCUGAUCCAGAAAUUAUUUUAGGAGAUCUGCCUUCCUGGGAAUACCUAGUUGGUGAACCCAGUAAGGAAUGUGUUCGUGUCGUACCAAGGCCGUAUGCAGCUGAAGCCAUGAGUUUCUAUAACACUGAAGCAGGUACAAAAUAUGAGCUGGUGGAGCUUGGUUCCAUUACACGGGUGCAUCGUGAGACAUCCAUUCUUCACCAUUUCAACUUCACGGCUAAGAAGACUGAUGUAGCUGAUGCUCCAGAGGAGAUGUUUUUUGUCGAACUGACAACUACCUGUGGGGUUCUUUCUCUCAAGCGUUGCAUAUGCAUGGGGCCAAGAGACUCCAUUUCAGGAGAUGAAAACAACGGCUGCUGUUACUGCAGGCUUGAAAAUGUUCAGCAUCCUAAGGGUGGACAUUUCUCGCGCGGUGGUGAGGGAAUGUUCCUUGAUUGUUGACAGUGAACUUUUUAUGAAUAUAAAUGUCAGUCAUGUGUAUGAUAUUUGUUCCUGAGUGAAAAAUCUGGCGUGUUGUUUAGGGCAUUGUACUGGUUGUGUAUUCUGAGUGAAAAAUCUGGCGUGUGUUAAGGGCGUUGUACUGGUUGUGUAUUCUGACACAUGUAAAAGUUCGUGAGAAACUUAAGGAUGACAUAGUAUUAUG